CGAUCCGGCAUCGCUUGAACACACAUUACAAAGAAACAGCUGUCCGUCAGCUGUACCGCGCUCCGUUAUAUCAGAGCUAGCAACGAGCGAUGCAAAACUCAAGGCGUUGCAUAAGCCUAAUCUGCGUCGCUCGCCAGCCGCCCAGCCUACGAGCAACUUAUGGAGCCCUUGCGGCCGCACGCUGCUUACACCGGGCCGCGCCUCAGUGCUCCCGGAAAAAACACGAAACACAUGUAUCCACAUUGUUCAAGCCAGUGCAGGUGCAGGCCAACGUCGACUGCGAGGAUGUGGGCUCCGAGUUGGUGGGAAAACUGGAAAAGUCGGAGCUGCUCAAGAUCCUGAACAAAUUCACCCAACGGCGAGAGACAAAAUCCCUGUGCACUGAGAACGGACUCGACUCCUAUUUGCAGCAACAGGCCUUCGGCUCGUUUCGGCGCUACUGCAUUGAGGCCGAAAAUCUUCCGGUGGAUCUGCACAUAAUCUUCAGUGACAUUAUGCAAGGAGCGGGCCACAUCGACGACAUCUUUCCGUAUUUCCUCCGUCACGCGAAAACCGUGUUUCCACAUCUAGACUGCAUGGACGAUCUGAAAAAGAUCUCUGAUCUGCGCCAGCCUGCUAAUUGGUAUACCAAUGCCCGCGCCUUGACCCGAAAGAUCGUGUUUCAUUCGGGGCCAACAAAUUCCGGAAAGACGUACCACGCCAUGGAAAGAUAUCUAAAUGCCAAGACCGGCGUCUAUUGCGGUCCCCUGAAGCUGCUUGCCACGGAGGUGUACAACAAAUCGAACGAGCGCGGCACUCCGUGCGAUCUGGUCACUGGAGAGGAGCGCAAGUUCGGCAUCAGCGAGAACUCGCCGGCCAACCAUGUUGCCUGCACCGUUGAAAUGACCUCGGUUAACACACCAUACGAGGUGGCUGUGAUUGAUGAAAUACAGCAAAUUCGCGACCCACAGCGCGGCUGGGCCUGGACGCGGGCCUUUCUCGGUCUAAUUGCUGACGAAGUGCAUGUCUGCGGCGAGGCUGGUGCUCUGGACCUGCUGCAGAAGAUAUGCGAAACCACUGGCGAAACAGUGGAAGUGCGCCGCUAUGAUCGCCUCACGGAGCUGACAGUCGAAGGCUCUGCCUUGGGCUCAUUGGAUAACGUCAUGCCCGGCGAUUGUAUCGUUUGCUUUAGCAAGCAUGAUAUUUACACAGUUUCCCGUGAAAUCGAGGCACGAGGAAAGGAGGUUGCUGUAAUCUAUGGCGGUCUGCCACCAGGCACAAAACUAGCCCAGGCUGCCAAAUUUAACGAUCCUGCCAAUAGCUGCAAGGUAAUGGUUGCCACGGACGCCAUUGGCAUGGGCUUGAAUCUGAGCAUUCGACGAAUCAUUUUCUACUCCUUGGUCAAGCCCACAAUGAACGAACGGGGGGAGCGCGAGAUAGACACUAUAUCGGUGUCGUCGGCUCUCCAGAUAGCAGGACGAGCUGGCCGCUUUCGCACGGAGUGGGAGCAUGGGUAUGUGACUGCCUUCAAGUCUGAGGAUCUGCAGACGUUGCAGCGCAUUCUGGCCCAGACACCCGAGCCUUUGAAGCAAGCAGGCCUGCAUCCCACGGCCGAUCAAAUUGAGCUCUAUGCUUACCACCUGCCCAACUCAUCGCUGAGCAACCUAAUGGAUAUAUUUGUGAACCUUUGCACGGUCGAUGACUCCCUAUACUUUAUGUGCAACAUUGAAGACUUCAAGUUCCUCGCCGAGAUGAUUCAACAUGUUCCGCUGCCCCUUCGCGCCCGUUACGUCUUCUGCUGUGCACCCAUCAACCGCAAGAUGCCCUUCGUGUGCUCAAUGUUCCUUAAAAUAGCGCGGCAGUACAGCCGGAACGAGCCAAUCACUUUUGAAUUCAUCAGAAAUAACUGCGGCUGGCCAUUCAAGCUGCCCAAGACAAUACUGGACCUGGUGCACCUGGAGUCCGUUUUCGACGUUAUGGACCUGUAUCUAUGGUUGAGUUAUCGGUUCAUGGAUCUUUUUCCCGAGGCAGGCAACGUGCGGGAAGCCCAAAAAGAACUGGAUGAAAUUAUACAGCAGGGCGUAUUCCAGAUAACUCGUCUGCUCAAAAACACCGAAGCCAGCCAGGAAGGGGAGACGCCAAACUACAGUAUGCGUCGCGUGACGCAUGUCAAGGAGCCACGCUUGCCCAGCGCAUCGCGUGGACGUCUCACGGAGAGACUGCUCGCCCAAGGUCUGCUGACGCCGGGGAUGCUUAGUGAGCUGCGCAAGGAGUGGGAUGCUCAGGAGGCGGCGGUGUCAAGCACGAGUCCCAAAGAAAAUCAGGAGCCUGUUACAGAUAGUGACGAUGAGGACAGUUAUCCGGGUAGCUACAAGAAGACAAGGCGAAAGCGAAGAAAAUAGAUGUACAUACAGAAUAUGUACAUACAGAUAGGCUAAGAAUCAGUAAGAGACAAUAAGGUUGUUGUUUUACAUAAUAUCGUUUUAUUUUAAGUGGCAAUUAUGUAAUAUUAAAAUUAUUUGAUAAUCAACAAUGA